AAGUCGCGAGGAUUCGCGUUGAUCCACUCGAGCUGUGAUGAAGUGAAUUUGUUCAAAUUGUCGUUUAGAAGAUGGCUCCACCUCGAAAAAGGGUGACUGGCGAUCGAAAGAAGAAUGUUAAUGAUUCUACAACAAAUAAAUCAACAAAGACGUCAAGUAAAUCUAGUGAGUCAUCAAAUUCUUCAGUAAUCAAGUGGAUUGCUUUUGCAAGCAUCAUCCUAAUCCUGGUAUCACUUGUUGCGAUAUAUUUAUUUGGAAAAAAUCAAGAGGACUCAAAUUUAAAUCAGAACUCAAGGCAAACCUUCAAAACAGAGACAGGAUCACCUGAGAAGACAAAAAAGAAAACCAAAAAAACAAAACCAUCAGAUUCAAAUGAGGCCAUAACCAACAGCUAUGAUAAAUCCAUCGUGAAAGAACUUGACAAGGCACAGAGUAUUUUAGACAAGAGUAACAUAGCAGAUGCCUUACAAAAGUUUGAAGCUCUGACAAAGAAAUAUCCCAAGAGUCCAAGAGCUAUGUAUGGAAAGGCACAAUCCUUAGAUAAGUUGUCAGAACUAAGGCAAAGCAAUGAUAUUCUUCAACAAAGCAUAGAGGCUUAUGGAAAAACAGCGGACAUGCUGAACUGCCCCAUGGAACUGAAACACAGAGCAGUGCGACGUCAGGCUGAUAGGCUUAGUUUCCUGGGCAGGUCUAGUCAGGCAGCAAAUGCUUUAAGGAGCCUGUUGAAUGAGUUCCCAGGUGACAUCAAGGUCAUGAAUGAAUUGGGUGUGCAGUAUUUGAUGACAGGAAAGAACAGGGAUGCAGAAAAUAUCUACAAACAGGUGAUAAAUAUGGAUCCAAGAAAUGGCUUUGCCCAGUCACACUUGGGCUUUAUUCUUAAAACUGAUCACUUGCGGUAUAUUGAAGCUAUCCCUUUGCUACGUAAUGGGAUCUCGAGUGGUGAAGCAGGUGCUGAUGAUGGAAGAUUUUAUUUUCAUCUGGGGGAUGCUUUUACUAGAAUUGGAAGACCAGAUGAGGCUUACAAAGUAUAUGAGGAAGCUGCAGGAAAAGGAAUAUUCAUGUCUGCUUUGCAACGUUCUUUGUACAAUGCAGAUACACCGCUGACCGCACAACCGUGGUGGACACCAGAAGAAACUGGAUAUGAAAGAGCCAUUCGGAAACUUGAAGCCAACUGGGAGGUCAUCAAAGAUGAAGGAAUAUCAUUGCUAGACCAAAAGUCAGGAGGGUUUAUACCAGAAGAAGAAAAUCUCAGAGAACAAGGAGACUGGAAACAGUUCACUUUAUACCAACGUGGCCGAAAGAACGCCGCAGCUUGUCAAAAGACACCACAGACUUGUGCUAUCAUUGAUACCAUCAAAGAUGCUACCAGCUGUAAGAGAGGACAGAUCAAGUAUUCUGUGAUGCUACCUGGCACCCAUGUCUGGCCCCACACGGGUCCUACAAACUGCAGACUACGCCUUCAUCUCGGACUUGUUAUUCCCAAAAAUGUGGCUAUAAGAGUUGGACGGGAAACAAGAACUUGGGAAGAAGGCAAAGCACUAAUCAUUGACGACUCUUUUGACCAUGAAGUUUGGCACAAUGGUUCAACUUUUCGACUCAUUCUUAUUGUCGACUUUUGGCAUCCAGACUUGACACCUCAGCAAAGAGCUUCAUUAUCUCCCAUUUAAGCCCAAUUUUUACACAUUUUUUAAGGUUGGCACAUGAAGACUUGCCACAGUCUCAAUGAGGAACUGUUUACAAGGGUUUAUGGGGAACAAAGAUGAACACCUUAACCCUGUGACUCCCAUUGGUGACCAAAAAAGAAUUUCUCCUUACUCUAUCAAGACAAUGUCAAGCAGACAAGUGACAGGAGUAAAGAAAAUUAUCUGUUAGUUGAUCAUAAGUUGAUCUGAUAUCAAAUUCUUCAAAUUCUCAUGACAAGAAUUGUAUGGUAUACAGUAAAGAUAAUUAUUUAUGAGAUUUUGGUAGUGAAAGGUUUAAGUGGUAAACACGUUAAGUCUCCCUACAACAUCAGUUCAGUAUCUGGCCUGUUCCAGCUGCUCAGUUGCUAAACCAAAGCACAAUAGGAUCAAUAUCAGUAUCUGGGCAACUGCCCACCAACCCCUCCCCUAACCCAACCUUAACCCUAAUUUGCUAUCAAUCGACUGUUGUCAAGUUAGGGGAGGGGUAGGUGGGCAGUUGCCCAGAUACUGAUAUUGAUCCACGCAAUAGUAGUAGAGGAGGAAACAAAGAGGGAGGUUUUGGUGGGGCUGCAUAAUGUUCUUUACCCAAGUAUUCCUUGUGUUUUCACUUCUCUGCUACUAUUACACCAUUUGCUAUUUUGCCGUGUUUUACAAACUGAAGGCCUAGAAAAGGCUCUUCAUUAUCUGUUAAACAGGUGACAGCUCAGCCUGAUGAUGGACAAGUACAAAAAAAAUCAAUCAAAAGGAGAUUCAUUUAUUGAUCCUGCUUUGCCUCUUUUACUGAGUUUUUCCUGCACUUGCUUCCCAUUGAAUUUAUUGCUUUUUAACUCAUUUUAGACAUGGAAAUAAAAUUUUCACUUUUUUUUCUUGUCCUCUAUGAAAAUAAAAUUGUUAGAAAGUUAUGUUAUGUAGGCUUCUAGUAAUUUGAAGCAAAUUAGAAGCCUUUUCCAUCAUUUAUCAGUUUUGUUAGAGAUUAAGAUAUUUUAGUAUGAUUUUAGUAAUAUGUAAUGAUAUAUUUUGCAUGUGGAUUGUUCAUAUCAACAGGAACAAUGUUGAAGGACAAGAUUUAAAUCUGUCAGAAUGCACUGACCGCUAAAAAAUCACAACAAACCCAGACUCAGCUUCAACAGUUGCUGGACAUAAAAAAGUUUUGUGUCAAAGUGGUUUAUUGUGUGUCCAAAUUAAAUGUAAGCUUUGUAAUUAAAUAUGAUUUUUAUGAAUUAUUGUCCACGAAAAAUGAAUUUUUCUAGUAAUCACACCUUUAUACUUGAACAGAUUUUGUAUGUUCACCAACUUGUUAAAUUCCACAACUUUCCAAAACCUUUUCAAGGACCUUACUGUAUCUCUCAUGUGCAGUAUGAUCGAUCAGUUUAGCAGGCAGUAUUUCACUGUAUGGCCUGCCAAAUUCAGAAGUUUGUUUGAAUUAGAAUCUUCUUUUUGAACCUAGAGAUGUAGGAUACCCUACUCUAUUACUUUUGCCUUUUCCCCUUUCAGAAGGCUUUCAAUAUACAUUUUGAUGUGAGAGGAUACAUGUGUUGACGUCCAUACUUUAAUUGAUAAAUUUUGAAAGUUUUAGUCUUUAGUUUCCUUUGUUAUUGUUGCUGGUUUUUUUACUUUUUUGCAUGUAAUUUUAUUUCUGUACUGAUUUUCAUUGUUUGUGCAUAUGCAUGCUCUCCUAGUCAUUUCCUCUGUUCAGUCAAACUUGUUAUUGAAAACUCUAUUUUAAUGUUUGUUUCACUCCCACCUCAGCUUUGCUAUUUUGUGAGUAGGAAUUGUUAGAUAUGUAUUUUGAUUGCUAAAAUAAAAAGAUUUUGUUUGUU